ACGACACCGUUUCUAGUUACUCGAACAUCCUCUCCUCUAAAAUCACGCAAAGAGAUGAUCCAGAGAAAGGUAGAAGAAUCCAGAACAUGAAAAACAGAAAUCCUUCCCUCCAAACGCUUUGUUCUAUAAAUACCCUUCCUUUUUCUCUAGAAAAUCAUCAAUACCAAACGAUAAGCACUUCAAGGAGAUAUCAGGCUUUUCUCUUCCGUGACCUCGUUUGAGCUCUCACGUCGUUUCUGCUAGCGGCCUUGUUCGAGUUUCAAUGGCGGAUGUUCAGAUGGCUGACGCUGAGACCUUUGCCUUUCAGGCUGAGAUCAACCAGCUUCUUAGCUUGAUCAUCAAUACUUUCUACAGCAACAAGGAAAUUUUUCUUCGUGAGCUCAUUAGCAAUGCAUCCGAUGCUCUGGAUAAAAUUCGAUUUGAGAGUUUAACAGACAAGAGUAAACUCGAUGGCCAACCAGAGCUCUUUAUUAGACUCGUGCCUGACAAGGCAAACAAAACUCUGUCCAUCAUCGACAGUGGUAUUGGGAUGACAAAAGCAGAUCUGGUCAACAAUUUGGGUACCAUAGCCAGGUCUGGGACCAAGGAAUUUAUGGAGGCGUUGCAGGCUGGUGCUGAUGUGAGCAUGAUUGGUCAGUUUGGAGUUGGUUUCUAUUCAGCUUACCUUGUUGCCGAGAAGGUCAUUGUGACCACAAAGCACAAUGAUGAUGAACAAUACAUUUGGGAAUCACAAGCCGGCGGUUCCUUCACCGUUACUCGGGAUGUCAACGGCGAGCAACUAGGAAGAGGAACCAAAAUUACCUUGUUCCUUAAAGAGGAUCAGUUGGAAUACUUGGAGGAGAGGAGAAUCAAAGACCUUGUGAAGAAACACUCUGAAUUUAUUAGUUACCCCAUCUACCUCUGGACUGAGAAGACAACUGAGAAAGAAAUCAGUGACGACGAAGAGGAUGAGCCGAAGAAGGAGGAAGAAGGAGAAGUUGAAGAAGUCGAUGAAGAGAAAGAGACCAAAUCGAAGAAGAAGAAGAUUAAGGAGGUUUCCCACGAAUGGCAACUCAUCAACAAACAGAAGCCAAUCUGGCUGCGCAAGCCAGAAGAAAUUACGAAGGAAGAAUAUGCUGCCUUCUAUAAAAGCCUGACCAAUGACUGGGAAGACCACCUGGCUGUCAAGCACUUCUCUGUGGAGGGUCAGCUUGAGUUCAAGGCCAUUCUCUUUGUACCAAGAAGAGCACCUUUUGAUCUCUUCGACACCAGGAAGAAGAUGAACAACAUCAAGCUUUAUGUUAGGAGGGUUUUCAUUAUGGACAACUGCGAGGAGCUCAUCCCUGAAUACCUUGGAUUCGUCAAAGGUGUUGUUGAUUCUGAUGACUUGCCCCUGAACAUCUCUCGUGAGAUGCUGCAACAGAACAAAAUAUUGAAGGUGAUCAGGAAGAAUCUCGUGAAGAAGUGCAUUGAGAUGUUUAAUGAGAUUGCUGAGAACAAGGAGGAUUACAACAAAUUCUAUGAUGCCUUCUCGAAGAACUUGAAGUUGGGCAUCCACGAGGAUAGCCAAAACCGAGCCAAAUUAGCCGAUCUGCUCCGAUACCAUUCCACAAAGAGUGGAGAUGAGAUGACAAGCUUGAAGGACUACGUUACCAGAAUGAAGGAGGGCCAGAAGGACAUUUACUACAUCACUGGAGAGAGCAAGAAGGCUGUAGAGAACUCUCCAUUCUUGGAGAGACUCAAGAAGAGGGGUUAUGAGGUGCUCUUUAUGGUGGAUGCAAUUGAUGAGUACGCUGUGGGGCAGUUGAAAGAAUACGAUGGCAAGAAGUUGGUGUCAGCGACGAAGGAAGGAUUGAAACUGGAUGAUGAAAGUGAGGAAGAGAAAAAGAAGAAAGAAGAGAAGAAGAAGUCUUUUGAGGAACUCUGCAGGACAAUGAAGGACAUUCUGGGAGACCGAGUGGAGAAGGUUGUGGUGUCCGAUAGGAUUGUGGAUUCACCAUGCUGUUUGGUGACAGGUGAAUAUGGCUGGACUGCGAAUAUGGAGAGGAUUAUGAAGGCUCAGGCCUUGAGAGAUACUAGCAUGGGAUCCUACAUGUCUAGCAAGAAGACGAUGGAGAUCAACCCAGACAAUGGGAUUAUGGAAGAGCUGAGGAAAAGAGCAGCAGCGGACAAGAAUGACAAGUCGGUGAAGGACCUCGUGUUGCUUCUAUUCGAGACGGCUCUGCUGACCUCUGGAUUCAGCCUGGAUGAUCCUAACACUUUCGCUGCAAGAAUUCACAGGAUGCUGAAGCUGGGUCUCAGCAUUGAUGAGGAAGAAACUGGUGGGGACGAUGAAGACAUGCCUGCCCUGGAAGAAGAUGGUGGGGAGGAGAGCAAGAUGGAGGAAGUGGACUGAAGGCAGAACGCUUUUAUGUCCACUGUUUAUAAAUUUAGUACUUAUAUCGGGAAAAUAUUAUGGUGCAUGCGGGUUGUUUCUGGCAUGAGUUCUGUUUUGUUUUGUCGUUACUUUCUGUAGUUUGGGUCCUUUCUCUGGUAUUUCUGGGUGGGCUUGUAAUUUGGUUUCGUAAGUGUGUCGUUGCGUCGCGCAUGUACCUUGUCAAUUGGCAUUUUAAUACGUUUAAUAGAAACAAAACCUUUCCGCCUCC